AUGGUGCCCAAGGCGACAUCAGACGACUGGCGGCCCUGUGGUGACUAUCGCGCCCUCAACAAUGCGACUAUCCCGGAUCGUUAUCCCGUCCCUCAUCUUGAAAAUUUUGCUGGAGCUCUUUUCGGCAAGUCGGUUUUCUCGAAGAUUGACCUUGUUCGGGCCUUCCAUCAGAUUCCUGUCGCUCCUGAGGAUGUUCCCAAAACUGCCGUCACCACACCAUUCGGCCUGUUCGAAUUUAUUCGCAUGCCAUUUGGUCUUCGCAAUGCUGCCCAAACAUUUCAGAGGUUCAUUGACCGAGUCCUACGUGGUCUCCCAUUUGUGUACGCCUGCAUCGAUGACCUCUUCGUGGCCAGUCCAAAUGCUGAGGAACACAAAGAGCAUCUUGCCUUAGUGUUUGACCGCCUCGAUCAGUUUGGCGUGGCCAUUAACCCUUCGAAGUGUGUUCUGGGUUUGCCGUCCCUUGAUUUUCUUUGUCACCAUGUCGAUGCACAAGGUUUGCGUCCCCUCUCUUCCAAGGUUGAGGCCAUUCGUGACUUUCCUCCACCAACCUCCAAGCGUCAAUUGCAACGUUUCCUUGGCAUGGUAAACUUUUAUCGCCGGUUCCUACCGAACUGUGCCGACGUUAUGCUGCCACUCACCAACUUGCUCUCUGGUCCCAAGGGUCCCCUUGAGUUACGUGGCCACGCGCUGACUGCUUUUGAGAGAAUAAAGACCUCCCUUGCUGAUGCUACCUUGCUCACUCAUCUUGCGCCAGAAGCCACAUUGUCCCUGAUGGUUGAUGCUUCGACCGUUGCCGUAGGAGCAGUCCUCCAACAGCUUAUCAACUACUCGACACGACCGUUGGCAUUCUUCUCCAAGAAGCUUUCACCUGCUGAGACGAGAUAUAGCACGUUUGGUCGUGAACUUCUUGCCAUUUACCUAGCCGUAAAACAUUUCCGACACUUCCUUGAGGAUCGUGACUUCACAAUUUUCACAGACCACAAACCACUUACAUUUUCCACCCGAUCCCAUUCUGACAAAUAUAACCCGAGAGAGAUUUCUCAUUUGGAUUACAUCUCGCAAUUCACCACCGACAUUCGCCACAUUGAUGGCCCGAAGAAUACGGUGGCCGACGUGCUGUCCAGACCUUCCCUCUCGGCGUUUCACCUCUCACACGGGAUCGAUCUUAGUGCUAUGGCGGCUGAACAACGACGUUUUGGAUGUUCUGGUGACGAGUCUUUUGACAGUCUUCAAUUGGUUGACGUUCCAUCCUUUGAGACGUAUCGACUCCUUUUCAUCGCCCAUAUGUGCCUGCCUCGAUGCGUCGAGCUGUUUUUUAAACUCUCCACGGACUCUCCCAUCCUGGGAUUCGAGCCUCACAGAAGCUCCUCGCGGACAGGUUCGUAUGGCCUGGGUUGAACAAGAAUGUGAAAGCUUGGACACGAUCGUGCCUUUGCUGUCAACGUAACAAGGUUUAACGCCACAACAAGUCUCCAUCGGGCACGUUCUUCAGUCCCGACGCACGGUUCAGCCAUGUGCAUUUAGAUGUCGUAGGUCCUUUACCUCCAUCCAAUGGCUAUACUCACCUUCUCACCUGCGUUGAUCGCUAUACCCGUUGGCCGGAAGCCUUUCCUUUACCGAAUGUGCAAGCUGAGACCAUUGUGAAAGCCUUCGUCAGUCGUUGGGUCGCCAUAUUCGGUGCGCCAUCCAUGAUUACGAGUGAUCGAGGCGCGCAGUUUGAGUCCACACUUUUCCUAACUCUCCGCAACUUCCUUGGCUGCACACGUAUUCGGACGAAGGCCUGCCACCCAGCUGCCAACGGCAUGGUUGAGCGUUUCCACCGCCAGCUAAAAACUGCACUGCGUGCCGCAGAAGAUCCCGAAAACUGGUCAGACAAUGUACCACUUGCACUUCUUGGCAUUCGUGUGGCACUGAAGUCAGACUUGGACUGCAGCGCAGCCGAAUUGGUUUUCGGCACUACCCUCCGACUCUCAGGUGAGAUGGUCACCCCAACCUCUCGUGGUGCCGAAGAGACCCCCGAAAAUUUUGUGCAUCGUCUGCGACAAUUCAUGCGCUCGCUUUCCCCGGUUCCACCUCGAGCUCCAUCGACCGAGCCUUAUGUUGAAAAAGGCUUAGCCAAUUGCACCCAUGUGUUCGUUCGGUGUGAUCGUGUGCGGAAGCCGUUAGAAUCACCAUACGAAGGACCGUUCCGUGUGCUUGCACGUAACAGCAAGACCUUUCGGAUCCUGCGAGGUGACAAAGAGGACGUAGUCAGCAUCGACCGGGUUAAGGCUGCUGUUGCAGAGGAGCCCCCGGACGUGUCUCAAGUACGAGCAUGUGCUGAUCCCAUACCUCCUCCCACUCCUUUUCCAUUUUCCCCACCUAUCCCUCCGUCCCGUAUACUUCCUCUUCUUUCUUGUUCGCAGCAUCAAACCGCAACCUCUUUCUCCACCCUUAACUUGUCCACUACAACAGCUACUCAGCUGCCUCCAACAGUGCCUCCCGCAUAUAUCACCCUCAGUGGACGUCACGUUCUCUUUCCCGAUCGUCUAGUUACUAAUUUCUCCCAGAACUUUGUAUUUCCUCCGGCGUCGUUCACGCCGCCCUCCGGUCUCGGAGGGGGGUACUGUGCUGAAGUACUUGACUACUUGACCUUUGACAAUCUUUUCAAGUUUGUUUUACUGUAG